CCGAAUUCUGUAAUGGAUUUUGCGAUAUCAACCAAAACCAAAUGUGAAGUGAAAAGGAUGGCGAGCAAACUAUGUUGUGUAGCCUAACCUUGCCCCCCUUCAUUUUCUUUGUUUGGUUAGUGCAUGCAUGAAUGAAUGUAUGUAUGCAUGUAUGGCUCAUUUACUGGUGAGCAACCCCAAUGCUUCACAUAAACUUGUAUGCUCAAACACGGUGCAUGGUGUUAGAACAGGAUCCAGAAGUGCGUGUCACAGGGUGAGAAGGAAAAGCCGAGGUUGUGGGAGUGGUUUGGUGUUGCAUUGCAGCAGCAGCAGCAGCACAAGUAGUUCACAAUUAUCCUGUGCUGAUCAGAAAGUGAGGUUACAGAUUGAGAAUGGCAGUGGAAAGCUAAAGCAGCGGUUUGAGUAUUUGGUGUGUGAAUAUGGUUGGAGGGUAAGGAGACUAAUUGAAAACACAGAUGAGAUAAGGAUGGCAGCUCAAGUUCAGGCCCAAGCAUUCCAUGUUCCUGUCGCUCUUUUCAACGAUUUGUUCUUUCAAUUCUUUAAGGCGGAAGUGCUCUCGGGGCUUCUUUACAAGCUUAAAAACUCACCUCCUAAUAGGUAUGCUUGUUUGGUGGCUGAGCCAGCCAAAAACGAACCAGAUUCAUCAAAACAACUUGUAGGUGUUACAGAUGUCACAGUCUUAAGAGACCAACAUGUGCUUCAACAUCUUCCUGCUGAAGCAGAAGAGUACCUUUACGUAUCAGGAAUAGCCGUCUCCAAAACUUUCAGGAGGAGGAAAAUAGCGACCGCAUUGUUGAAAGCUUGUGACAUGCUCUCCAUUUUGUGGGGUUUUGAGUUUCUUGCACUUCGAGCCUAUGAAGAAGAUCUAGGAGCUCGCAAAUUGUACGCAAAUGCAGGGUACCAUGUUGUGUCUCGAGAUCCACCGUGGACAAGUAAUUGGAUUGGAAGGAAAUGUCGUGUUCUUAUGAUCAAAAGAACUAAUUUGCCCAAGUAGCUUUAUUUACAAUUGUCAAGACAUCCAAACAAAAUAAUAUCAACAGUAAAUGUAUCCUAGGCAUAUAGCAUGUGUUAGUAUGAUUGGUUCAUUUCUCACAGAUUGCACACACCUUUUCUCAAGUAUCUCUCAUUUUUCCCCCCUGUGAAAUGAGGAGUUCAAUUGGCGGAACAGUUAAAUUCUAUUUUGAAUCUCCCUUUUCCCUAAUUUAAUAGCCAGUGCUGGACAUUUGCCUCAAAGAUCCUUAACCUCUAUAAGCACUCCUAAAUCUUCAUCGCCCCCCACCCAAAUACCCUUUUAACUAUUUUGACCCUCCCCCGUUUCAAUGGAACUCGUGUAUCUCACUGAUUUUCUAAUAU